UCUAUCUCGUGCUUCUCUCACUGCUCUUUGCUCUGGUCGCUGGGUAUAUGGAAGACUAUGGGUACCUUGCCAAUCUUAAGCAGCAGAGAAUUAGUUUUCAUAAGGAUAUUGCACCGGUGAAUAUGAAGGAUGAGACUAUAAGAACAGUCAAAGAUCUCCUUACUGAAGAUUUCACAAUGAGCCAUAAUUUAUUGACAGGAAAUGAAGCUUCUUUUAUUCAAAUAGAGACUAAUAAUUAUAGUGUUGAUCUUAGCGAGUAUGAUAGUUCAACACUUAAAGACUUGAGUGAACUUUUACCACAUUAAAUACCCUUUGCAUGAAAGGUGAUGAAGAUGCAGUUGGGUAUGAUAGCUGAGUCAUGAGCUGUUUCUUUUGAAGAAGCUUCUUAUGAGUCCCAUACAUUGCCACAGAAGGAUUCGAAAAGUCAAGGAACUUCCAUAAUCUUCAUCGGAUAAUUAAAUCUAUAAC